AUGGCAGGUGUCGCAGUUGGUGUCGCUGGUGUUAGUGUGUUUUACCUGGGGCUGCUGUGCCUUGUCAGCGGAGACGCCAUCAUGCAAGAGGACGGUGCGGGAAACCUGCACAUCAACACGAGCGAUCCCAUGGGCCAGAGCGUGUUUGUCAACGGCGUGGACGUGACGCGGAGGUACCACCAGCUCCAGGAGCGACAGCGCGUGCUGGAGCGGCGCCUGUGCCGCUUGCAGACGCCGCCCAUCGCCUGGACGCAGCCAGGAAACGGCAUCUUAAAUCUCAACGCGAAGUGGCAGGGCGGCGUGCGCGUGGUGCUGCCAUCGGACGGCGAGGCCACAGAGCUGGUGAUUGGCGUUCCAUUCCACGCGCCCUCGUUCCUGAUCAUCAACGCAGGCACUGGCGUGGCGGAGACCGUGCCCAUCUCCGGGCUCGCAAGCAGCGGUGGCAUGUGGCUGGAUGGCGUCCUCGCACCCAACGGCCUCGUCUUUAGCUUCCCCUUCAACGCGGACGCCGUCCUGAUCAUCAACCCACACACAAACGACACAGACAUGACCAGCGUGACGUUCGAGAGUAUACCGGGCGAUGACGCUGCUCGCUGGGGCGGCGGCGUUGUCACGGGCGACGGGCUCAUCUACGCCCCGCCGUACUCCGCCUCGUCCGUGCUGAUCAUCGACCCGCGCACCAACGCCACGGACGCCACGACCAUCGCGGGCCUGGGCACGGAGGAUGCCAAGUGGCGCGGCGCACACCUCGCCAGCAACGACAAGAUCUACUGCGUGCCCCGCGAUGCCGCCGGUGUCCUCAUCAUCAACCCGGCGACCAAUACCACGGACACGACCGCGAUUGGCGUCCCCAGCGGCAACGCAAAGUGGGUUGGCAGCGUGCUUGCAGGCAACGGCAAGAUCUACGGCAUCCCACAAUCCGCCCGCUCUGUCCUCAUCGUGGACCCCGCCACCAACACCACCGACACGACGACCAUGCAAGGCCUGCCUGCAGGCACGAGCAAGUGGUCCGGGGCCGCCGCCGCCGCCGCCGCAGACGGCCGCAUCUUCGCCAUGCCGUACAGUGCCACGUCCGUGCUCAUCAUCGACCCCGACACAGACACGUACGACACCACCACCAUCGUCCAGCUGUCCUCGGACACGUUCAAGUGGACCAUUGGCGUACCGACAAGCAACGGCUUCAUCUACGGCAUUCCCAGCCACUCCACAUCCAUCCUCGUGAUCCAGCCCAGAUGCUCGUAGCCAAUAGCGGAAGGGGAGGGUGUGCGUGU